CCCGGCGCCCCAGUCACACUCCAGCCGCGCCGCUCGCUCUGCCGGCUCGGCACCGGGAGCCGGGCUGCGGUGGCCGCUAGCGGCUCCGGCCGGUCCCCUGCCGGGUGCGGGCCAUGCCCCUUCCCCCAGCCCGCGCCGGAGCCGCCGGCAGGAGCCGCCGCCCGAGGUUCCCAGAGACGCUGUCAGUUGCCCUGUGCUCACCUGAGUAAACUGGCAGAGGAUGGAAGUGACCAGCAGCAGCUUGGCGAAGGGUUCUCCUCUGGAAACUGGAGUGCAACAGCCGCAAAGAUGGAGAAUACAAAUGCCCUCAGCCUGAGCAGCCCUGUGCCAGGGCCUGCCACACCUGAAUCUGUAGCCUGAUAGCACAGGGCCUGUUUCCGGAGUGGGUGAGCGCCCGUCUCGGCCACAACAGACCGCUCCUGUUAAGAUCUCUCAUGAAACUUAAUGCAAAGGUGCUUGCUCUGCUGUCCUGCAAACUACAGGUGCAGCUUUCUCUGCCCCCACAGGGAGAGCCCUGCCACAGGCAGCAGAACCCCUCUCUGCUUGCUGAAGUGUCCCCAGGGUGGCAUGUGGAGAGAGCAGAGGGGGGGAUAAAUGGUCUUUUGACCCCUGGCUCCCAAGGAACUGCAGCCACCAGCCCAGCCACGGAGCAGUGCAGCCCUGGGUCGCUGGCAAAUCAGGCACGAGAAAACUGAUGGGAAAGCACUAGUUGUCUGGCCACACAGAGUCUCUGAGAGUGCCCAGGCUGUAGCCUCUUUCAGGCAGAAAGCUUGACUGUUCUCUCCUUGCUCAGCCCGAUGCCAGGAGCCGAGGAUGCUGGUCGCUUGUUGCUGUCAGCAGCAUGCCUGGGGCCUUGGCAGACGUAACUCCUAGCCCACAGGCACCCUAAGGAGCCUGAGUCCCUGGAGUGAGGUCUUGGCGGGGAUGGGGAAGCUGCCCCAUCCGGGCUGGUGAGCCCCACAGUGGUGGUGUCGGGCCCUUUCCUGACAAAGGAUGUCAGCAUCGUCUCUGAAAGCCACUCUCCAUGCAGCCUCCCGGUGCGCAGUAGUGAUGGCUCUGCCAGGCUUCUCGUGGACCAUACUUCUGCUACUCUGUGCCCUGGAGCAGCUGGGGGCCCUGGCCAUGCACACGGAGGCUGGGAGGCCGGGCCUGGAGCAGUCAGGGAACAGCAUGCUGCUGGCAGGCGGACGUGUGAAGCGCGGCUGGGUGUGGAACCAGUUUUUUGUGGUUGAGGAGUACACGGGCACGGAGCCGCUGUAUGUAGGAAAGAUCCACUCGGACUCAGAUGAGGGGGAUGGGUCCAUCAAGUACACCAUCUCCGGGGAGGGCGCAGGAACCAUCUUCCUCAUUGAUGAAGUCACAGGAGACAUCCAUGCCACCGAGCGCCUGGACCGGGAGCAGAAGACGUUCUACACACUGCGGGCACAGGCCCGGGACCGCCAGACCAACCAGCUGCUGGAGCCUGAGUCUGAGUUCAUCAUCAAGGUGCAGGACAUCAACGACAGUGAGCCCCGUUUCCUGGAGGGGCCCUACAUAGGCAGCGUGGCCGAACUGUCCCCCAUAGGCACAUCCGUGAUGAAGGUGAUGGCAUCAGAUGCCGAUGACCCCACGUACGGCAGCAGUGCCAGGGUGGUGUACAGUGUAUUGGAAGGGGAGCAGCACUUCACAGUUGACAGUAAAACAGGUGUGAUCCGGACGGCAGUGGCAAAUCUGGACAGAGAAACUCAGGACCGGUAUGAAGUGGUGAUCCAAGCCACGGACAUGGCAGGGCAGCUGGGUGGCCUGUCUGGAUCCACCACGGUCACAAUUGUGAUCACAGACGUCAACGACAACCCUCCACGAUUCCCACAGAAGAUGUACCAGUUCAGCAUUGUGGAGACUGCCCUUGUGGGCUCUGCGAUUGGGAGAGUGAAGGCGGAGGAUUCGGAUGUGGGGGAGAACACAGACAUGACAUACCAGAUCAAAGAUGAGGACGGGGUGCAGAUGUUUAAAGUCACCACAGACAGCAACACCCAGGAGGCGAUCAUCACCGUGCAGAAGCCCCUUAACUACGAGGCCAAGACGGUUCACACGGUGGUGGUGGAGGCCCUGAACAAGUUUGUGGACCCGAGGUUUGUAGAUCUGGGCACGUUCCGAGACCAAACCAUUGUGCGGGUCUCUGUGCUGGACGUGGAUGAGCCCCCAGAGUUCCAGCCCCCCUCUGACCUGAUGGAAGUCCAGGAGGAUGCCUAUGUUGGCUCUGUGGUAGGAGUGGUCACCGCCCUGGACCCCGAUGCUGCAAACAACCCUGUCCGAUACGCCAUCGAUCGCAACACUGACCUGGAGAGGAUUUUUGACAUUGAUGCAAACACAGGCGCCAUUGUGACAGGCAAAGUCCUGGAUCGGGAGACGGCAGGGUGGCACAACAUCACGGUCCUGGCAAUGGAAGCAGACAAUCAUUCUCAGGUGUCUAGAGCAUCUCUGCGUAUCCGAAUCCUGGAUGUGAACGACAACCCACCCGAGCUGGCGACGCCGUACGAGGCUGCGGUAUGUGAAGAUGCCAAGCCCGGCCAGCUAAUUCAGACAAUAAGUGUCGUGGACCGUGACGAGCCUCAGAGUGGCCAUCGCUUCUACUUCACGCUGGCCCCAGAAGCCACCAACAACCACCACUUUUCUCUGCUGGAUAUCCAGGACAACACGGCCGCAGUGCACACGCAGAGAGUGGGCUUUAACCGCCAGGAGCAGGACAUUUACUUCCUUCCCAUUCUGGUGGUGGACAGUGGGCCUCCCGCCCUGAGCAGCACGGGGACUCUGACCAUCCGGGUGUGUGGUUGUGACAGCACAGGGGCCAUCCAGACCUGUAACAGCACAGCCUAUGCCAUGUCUGCAACGCUGAGCCCUGGAGCUCUCAUCGCACUCUUGGUUUGCAUCCUCAUCCUGAUUGUGCUGGUUCUCCUAAUCCUCACUCUGAAGCGACACCACAAGAGCCACCUGACAUCAGAGGAGGAUGAGGACAUGAGGGACAAUGUUAUCAAGUACAAUGAUGAGGGGGGUGGGGAACAGGACACCGAGGCCUACGACAUGUCAGCCCUACGCAGCCUCUAUGACUUCAGUGAGCUCAAAAGCAGUGACGGUGGGGGAGGGCCGGGAGAUGGGGGCAUGACUAGUAACCCGCCCUCCGAGCUUCAUGUCCUCCCACAGUGGUUCCAGAACCCAGACCUGGACUUCUCCAUGUUCAGAGACUACAUCAGCAGGAAGGUGGAUCAGGCGGACGAGGAUCUGUCUGUCCCACCAUAUGACUCGUUCCAAACCUACGCCUUUGAGGGCUCAGACUCCCCCGUCCCAUCCUUGAGCUCCAUCAACACCUGGUCCACCAGCUCAGAACAGGACUUCUCCUAUCUUAGCAGCUGGGGGCCACGCUUCCGGCAGCUGGCGGCUCUCUAUGCUGGGCAUAAAGGUGAGGAGGAGAGCAAAGAAUCCUAGCCACAAUUAACCAAAAAUCCACAACAAGAUGGAGAGAACGAUUUCCGAACUUGGGGAUUCUCCAGGCUUCCCAUGUCUUUGAGGGCUGCUGCGGAAGCAAGCUCAGGUCAAACAAUAAGGACAAUAUGUCAUCCAGAUAAGAGUCACUUCACUAUCCACCCUGGCAUGGAAGGAGAGGCAUCAAGGACCAUUUUGGACAGGGCGAGUGAUGGCUUUAUGAUGUGCUUUUUGUUAGCCGCCUCUUUUUAGAGGCUCUGUAGCACACACAUAACAAGGCUGAAGUGCCCAAAGGAGCUGUUGUUACCAUCCUAAUCACUUUCAUACCAAUCUCCAUUAAAGCACUCCAUGUUAAUUUAAGAAAGAGAAAAUCUAAUUCAAGAAAAUUCGGACAGGGUUUUCCCCCACAAAUUAUCAUUCAAAUCGAUCUGUGCAAUGAGCCCAGUUAAGGAGAUGAAGAAAGAAAGAGGAGUCUUUUGUUGUCUAAAUUGAUUUUGUCACUUGAUUCAGAGCAUUUGAUGGGCUUUGAUUUUAAGAGCUUUCCUUGGAGAGCGAAACAAGCUUUUAACUUUCGUUCUGUUUUUCUCCCCCUUAUAUUUACUGACUUUUCUGAAUCUCUUUCUUCUUUCCUUGUAUUUCAGUUCCUCUAGCUGUGGCGAGCUGGUGUUUCUGUGCAGAAUCCCAGCUGCUUACAAUCAGUGGAGCAGUUUACAUUUGCUGAGUUUUGGAGGUCCUGGGUGCUAGUUCCUAGGUCAGGUCUUUUAAAGAGGGAUUUUUACACUAGGGUCAAACAUACUUUGCUUCCGAACUGGGCUUGAGUUUCACCUCAUGGUUUUUAUUAGAAUUUUCCCGUCCAUUUUUGCCAUGUAUCACAGAUAUUUAUGUUCAUGCCAACAUCUAUCCCUCCUGCUUAAUCAACAAUGAAGUCAUUGUUCUGAGGUUCUGGCGUCCCAAUGAUCCCUAUGGUAACAAACUGUGAUGUCACUAAUACAGGAUUAUGAUUAUGUGGCUGGACUGUGGGCAGUGAAGCUGAAAUGUGAAGGAGGAAAUUCUCUGAGCCCGUGUUGUAGAGGUAACAGUAGAGGGAAUGCAGAGCAUCCUUAAAGACGGCGCUUUCUGGGGGAAGUUCUCAGCCAGCCCGGGGCCUGAUGCCUCAGGUCCCUAGGGGUUGCAGUGCACUCUCUCACAGGCACAGCACUUCAGCCAGCUGCAGCAUCCCCAAACGAGGUAGCCUGGAUGGCUGAGAAGGGAGCGAGCCUCUUCAGCCUGUUCGUUCUUGAGCCACAUUCUGCAGCCAGCGAGAGCGGCAAGCAGUGCCAGGCUGCAUUUGUGCGUAUGGGAGGUGGAUGCGCUCCCCAGCAGGCACAGGCCUGUCAACACCAACAACACAUUUCACCUCAGCCCCUGACUGUCGGUCAGCUGAUCACAGCCUUUGAUGACAAGUCCACCCCAGCUCUGGGAGCAGGCCCUGUAGAGGUGCCAGACACCAGGCACCAUCAGCAAAGCCAAGCCAUGCAAUCCCCCAACCCAACUUUUUUUUUGCAAGUUUGCCCUAAAGUGAAAGUCCCUUCAGGUUUCCACAGAAGUGGCUGGCAGAAGGAUUCUGUUUAUAUUUCAGGGUGAGAGCAGGGGAAUUUUCCUUUAGGGAAAAAUUACCAGAGAAUGUGAGCCAUCGGUCCCCCGAGUACCAGCACAGUGUAGUACCAGGAAACAUAGUACGGUUAAUUCGGAGCUGCCUGGCAAAGAGCAGUGCUGGACCGUGAGAACUGGGGUCAAUGAGGUGGGAAAGCACAGGCAGUCCAAAUGCCGUGGUCCACGAAAUGGCAUUUGAGGGACAUGCUGAGUAUCCCAGGGAUGUCUUCAGGUCAGUGACAUUCUCGGAGUAAAUCCCAGCUAACGUUUCAGAGCCCUGUUCAGCAGGGCACACAAGCAGCUUCUUGUGCAGCUCUGGCUACAGCAGCUUCUUAUCUGCUGAUGUGGGAAAAAUCAAUGUCGUAAUUGAUACAUAACUGAUAAGGCCUCCCAAGGUUUGUCAUAGUCAUUGGGUUUGUCCUCUUAGCCUAGUCACAGUCAGUGUUUUCUAUCCCAGUUGCCAAUUCCUUGGAGACUGUGUUUGAUAUAAAUGUAUGUGCAUGUUCAUUUUAUACUGUGUUCUGUUUUCCAGCAGUUUGUAUUGCCCUGAGCUGCAGAGGAAGCCCCAUGCUGUGGUAUUGGGGCAGGCUAGAAGGACAUGUUAGAAAAAUAAUAGUCUCUGCCUGUUGUUCCUGCGACAACAGGUUCCCCCUCCCCUGCUGCAGCCACUCAAGGCUCACAUGCUCUUGAGCAUCUGUCUCCCCAACUCAGGUGUUUUUGGGAGACUCUCCCAAGCCAGCCAGAAUUCAGCAUUUAAACUUUGAACAAGCAGAGUUCCUCAUCUCUCUGGGUCUCAGUAUGGCUGCAAAGGCUGGGGGAGCAGCCCCUAUCUUGGUAUCUGUGCAAAUCUCUCAUGUCCUGGAUGCCACACGUUGUCUUGUUAGUCCUUUACUAUGAUUUUCCCCCACUGAUGUUAGAGAAGCAGCCAGAUAAAUGCACUGCCUUUGAGCAUGCUCAGUCAUUCCCGGACAAUGCCACCAAUUCAGCAGUAAGAGAAUGGAGAAAGGCCUCUCUUUCCUUGGGAACUUUUUUGUGUUUUCCCUUUGUGACAAUGAACCACUCUGCCCAAUCCCCUGCUGAACUGGCCUUUGCUCUCGGAAGGGCCUCAUGCAAUUGCCAGGGAUUGUCUAGCAGAGGAUGCAGUCUAACAGGGUAUGUAUUCUGAAUGACCAAACUGGCUUCCAAUUGUGCAUCCUGGACCAGCCAACCCCUCCCCAACGCACACAACCUCUUCUGCAUUUUUAUUUUUAAUUCCAUCUGUAAAUGCAAUGGUCUGGAACAGCCCAGCUCAGCUUCUGUCUGGGAUCAGGCUGCAGAGGUGCCUAGGCAACACUGCUGGCUUCACUCCACACCACACUGUGCCCAUGAGCACCCCCUACAGGAAGGAGCUGGCAGACUGUUUGGGUGUUUGAUGGCGUCACUUUGCUUUUUUCCCU